AUGCGCGGUGAACUAUGUAUUGGCUUCGCUUCUAUUCUAUCGUUUGCUUCCGUGAUACUGCUCAUUUUUGUCCAUGUUGGGCAAAUUAAUACCUCGACGGUACCACGAAAAAUUUCCAUGGUCAAGGUCAACAUGACUGGAUAUGGGUCAACUAUUGAGACCAUAACGUUCCCCAAUAUCGGUACCACCUCAGGUUUAUAUACCAAUAACGCCAGUGCUCCUCUCAACGCUCACGCUGGACUACGACAAUUCUAUGACUUCGGAUUGUAUUCAUACUGCGGCUAUGUCGAUGUCAAUGAUGGAAUUUGUGGAAAUCAUACCGCUGGAGAAAAGUAUACCCCCUUCGAUAUCAUACAAUCCGACCUGGGCACCAACUUUUCCGUGUUGACUGCUGCAAUAGUACCAACCAAUACCUUCAGGGAUGCCUCAUAUUUGGGAAAAUCUUCCAAAGCGGCGUAUUGGAUGAUCUUAUUGGGUACCAUCUGUGCUGCCCUAGCCUUGUUGACUGGCGUUGCCAAGAAUAACUUGACCUUUUUUGUGUCUGCUGUGUUUUCGGCGUUGGGCAGCUUGUUGUUGUUAAUUGCCGCGAGUAUAUGGACUGUGAUGAUUAAAAAAUCGCAGAUCAUAAACACAUCGCUAACACCCACCAAUGUACCUCUCAACAUUGUAGUUUCUGAAGGAACCGGUCUAUUUCUGACUUGGGCUGCGUUUGCGUGCCUAAUUGUGUCGGUAGUGCCAUACAUGGUUAGCUGUUGCACAUAUCGAGGAUAG